AACGUGCAUGCAGCACAAGUUCGAGUGGUACCGCGCAUGCGUGCUCUGUAUGUUUCUGGGGUUCAACAGAGAUUACAGCGGUGGCGUGGGAAGUAAGCAACAGAAUGAUCAAACACGUCUUUUUGACAGGACCCCCUGGUAACUAUUUUAAAAGGACUAUCUACUGGCGCUGUUGCAUAGGGUACUGCGUUAUUCCAGGUGUUGGUAAGACCACACUAGUACAGAAGGUGUGUGAUGCCAUGAAAGCUGCCGAGGUGAGCUGCAGUGGCUUUUACACCGAAGAAGUAAGGGUUGGAGGAAGACGAGUCGGGUUCGACAUGGUCACGGUCACUGGAGAGCGAGCGCACCUGUCGAGAGUCGGAAAUGAAUCUGGUGCUUCUGCCGGAAGACGAGAGUACAGAGUGGGUCAGUAUGUGGUCGAUCUGCCUUCCUUUGAAAACCUUGCCCUCCCUCUCUUCAGACAAGUUGGCGGUGGCUCUGAAGGUGACAGGCGGGUGUUUGUUAUCGAUGAGGUCGGAAAGAUGGAGCUCUUCAGCCAGGCUUUCAUACGUGCUGUGAGGCAGACCCUGGACUGCAGUAGCUGCUCCAUCCUUGGUACCAUCCCCAUUCCCAAGGGCAAACCACUAGGCCUGGUGGAGGAGGUGCGAGGGAGGACAGAUGUGAAGGUCUUCACGAUUACAAAGGAGAACCGAAAUACCAUUUUUCCAGAUAUUGUGGCAACUCUACAGCAAAGCCUGAAGCAAGCAUCCUAACACCUCAAAAAGGUGGAUAUUGGAAAUGUACGAGAAGAUGUAUGGACUUUUUUUUUUGCUUUCAGACUUUAUUUUUCUAUCCAAAAACACCAAACAUUUUAUUUAUUUGUAUAAAAACUGAAAGUAUUCAAAGACAAAAUAUUUUUGUCAACCCCAGAAUCUGGGAAUCUAGUGCACAGUCUCAAAUGCACAAAAUGUAUGCAUGCAAUUAAGUUCCCCCCCCCCCCCCCCCCCCCAUUCCUUUUUCCUCCCUUGAAUAGUGUCUCUGAAUGGAUUGUAAUAUGAAUAAUUGAUUGCCAGAGCAGAGUUUGGCAGCUGGACUAUUGUUUUUGAUGGAGACCGCCGUUUCAGUUCUCAAUGGGGGGAGGGGAGACUGCAUGCAACUGAAUCUAGGGAGCAACCUCACACCCUUAACAAAGUGAUGGAGGCUAAUGGAGGUCUGCUAUGUCUACUUUUUCAUUUUGGAGUAUUUGCCUCUAAAGUCAGACCCUUUGGAAGCCUUAACGGCUCCUGUUAAAACUGAAGGUGUGCUUGCACAAUUAGGGAAGAUAAAUAAAUGAAUGAAUGAAUAAAUCAAUAUUUUAACAGGCAA